UUCUCACCCCUCCUCCCUCAGAGGACCUGCUUCCCAAUCCAUAAGCCUGAAGACUCUGUGGUCACGUGCAAUGAGUACACCGGCAGAGUGGGCGCAGGUAGGUAGCCAGUCAGGUAGGCCAUCUGAUCAUUUCAUUCAGGCCAAAUGAAUUGAUUGGAUGGGCUUUUUACAGCCCUGCGACUCCCACAAAUGAUGUUUUUUUUUAUUUUUAUUGUCAGAGCAUUUAAUGUGUUCAUUGCUGUCAGGAUCAAGAGAAUUUCAAGAAAUACUGUAUAUAAAAAAUAUUUUGAAAGAAAUCCCCUAUUCAGUAGACCUACUGUGAUUGUGUCAUGCUGUUUUAAAACAAUUAAUAUUCUAUAAUAUAUAUUCACCCGAAUACAUUUACAUAUCUGGGAGAUUAUGAAAGAUUUUCCAGAACCACUUAGACAAGCCAUUUAUAACAGUAUAUUUGGACGCUAUUAAAUGUACAUAUCUGGCUGUUAUCAGAAAUGUUCCAGUAUGUGACAUACCAUCGUAACCAUGGACAUCCACACCAUCAGAGAGGAUUUACGCAGACCAGAGAAAGCCCUUGCCUCAUUGCCCAUUAUUUCCCUCUGGAGUGGUUGAGGGUCUUUCAGAGCCAUUUAAAGAAUGUCCAUUAAUGUGAUACAUGUAGCAGAAUUUCUAGCAGCUUGCCAUAACCUGAGGGAGAGCUAGUGAGGCUUCCCAUAACAAAACAUGAAGAAUAGGAAUAGAAAGAAGCAAGUCUGCUGGACAACUCCCACUGGAGACUGAUGAUGAUGCUGGAGAACAUGACACUGUGAUCUCUCUCUGUUUCAGAAAGGCAACAUGGCAGCUGGGUACACAUAUGAAGAUUUUAAACUGGUCAUCCAUGAUCCUUUCGUGAAGUGUUCUCUUUGUGAUGAUGUCACACUGCCCUGUCACCUCUCACCUGAAACCAGUGCUGUUGCCAUGGAGAUCAGGUGGUUUAAGGGCACAGACUGUAUCUACCUGUAUAAGAAUGGCCAUGUGACUGUGAGGGAGGACUAUGAGGGCCGAGUGAGUGUGAACACCCUGGAGCUGCAGAGAGGAGACGCGUCUCUGACACUGAGAGUGAGCAGAGAGGAAGAUAAAGGACUGUACACAUGCCAGGUCAUCAGUGGAGAACACAAGGAGGAGGGAAGAGUCCGUUUGCUGCCAAGAAGUAAGUUGUUUCUGUUUCUCUGCUAUGAAGAGCUCAGUGGUGUCAUUCAUGCUGCUCAGACUUCCAUACUGUACACUUACACCCUCUCUCGUCUUCUGUUUUAAAACGGACACACACACACACACACACACACACACACACACACACACACACACACACACACACACACACACAUUGCUUGACUCAUAGUUUUUAUAGCACUGGCUGGAAGCUGUCAAGGCUGCCAUGUGCUGAUCUCUCCAUAUCACACACCAUCGACAGCAAUGAGGAGAUCUUCAUCUUCUGUGUGAGAGCUGGCCUGCAGCCUCUGCUAUGUACAACUAUGUACAGUUGAGCACUGAGGUAUCCCUUCAUCCAUACAUCCCUCUGUAGCUCUCUUAAAGGGCAUGACAGACUUGUAGACCUGAU